AUGUUAAGUCUUGAUUUUGAUAGAUCUAAGAAUUUCAUUUUGAAUCAGAAACCAUGUUUGGGGGGAGCAGUGUCUCUGAAAUAUGGAUUGUCCUUAAUGAAUGAAUUAAUUCACAUCUUCGAAUACAAUAUCGAUUAGUUUAUUGGGUUUCCUGAAUUGAGAUAAGCUCUGAUGGCUGAAUUGAAUAACAUCAUUUUGGCACAUAUCAAAUCAUUUGAGUUAUUGUAACAAGCAAAACAAGGUUAAUUCAGUUGUGAUGAAUUCUUAUGCACUAGAUAGAAACGAUUGUCUUGUACAAUGAUGCUACUCUGUGAUUGUAUUUCUUUGAAGAAUUUCAGUCCGUCGAUAAUUGAGGAGAUCAAAUUACUUGGAAGAGUCAUUGAAAUUUAGAUGACUUUGACAAGGGACACAUAAAAGUGGAAUAAAUCAACUCUAUCCGAACCCAAUGUGUAUACUUACUGGCUGAUUGCUAAUUAGAAACUGAUACUUGGGGAGAAUGGGGAGGUCUUAGCUUCAUUUUAUAAUGAGCAUAACAAACUGCUAUUGUCUCUGGUCUAAGAAUUGGAACAGAAGAUUACUCCGUAAUUAAGUCAUCUCAAGGAUUAAGCCAUGAAUGCUAUUCAACUAUUUUAUAAACCGAGAUUGUGA